AUGAGAAUGGAUAUGAUUGAUAAAGGUUUAGUUUUUAUGCUAAAUUUUCAUCGUGCUGUUUCUAGGAACUGUUAUAUGAAACUUGAAGGUCGUUGUGAUAUGGAUUCAUCAAAAAACCGUCAUUCAUUCCUAGCUUUUGUUGAUGAUGAAGAGCCUAUUUUAAUGGAAAUACCAAUUGAUUUUGCCAAAAAUCUUUGGGGCGAUAAAAUACCAUAUUAUCAAACUGUUGAAAUAAGAGAUGGAGAUAAAGUGAGGAAAAUGCGUAUUAGAAAAAAAAAUGAUGGGCCGGUCUUUACAGAUGGUUGGAUGUGGUUAGUUAAAGAAAAUCAAUUGAAAAACAAAGAUGGGGUACGGAUAACAGCAGUUGGCCAGUUGAACUUUGAAGUUUUGUGUUUUAAAGAUUUGGUAUGUAAGAACACGUAUAUUACAGCACAAGUUGAAUGCGACUAUGGAAAUUGUGUAAUGCCAGACAAAUUUUAUCCUGACUUUUACGGCAACAAUUUCAAAGGUGGAAUGGCGAAGGUUAUUUUUGGAGAAAGAUUUUGGAACGUAAGACUGGAAGGAGGUUCGAACGGUGGUUAUUUCACCGAUGGAUGGGAGAAGGUGGUUGAAGAGCUCCCUAUAGACAAAUAUUAUUACUUUGUUUUUACCAGCCUUGAUUUAUUAAGCUUUGCUGUUUCCGUAUUCGAUCCUGACACCGGAACUGAAGUUUUUUUAAAAAAGUCUACUGCGGAUGAUGAUAUGAUAGUUGAACAAAAGUUGCCGGCGGAUGUUUGUGAAGAAAAUCUGGAAGGAAAUAAAAAACAUGUUAAAGUCAAGUCCAGAGUUGAUGAAACUCAGCCAAAACGAAAUCUUCGCAGCAGAAUUAAAAGAGUUGAUGCAGCAGCAAGCAAUGCUUCUCCGGUCUUGAAAUCCACAGAAACGACAAAAAGAAAUCUUCGCAGCAGAAUUAAAAAGGUUGAUGAAGCGCCAUUGACGGGUUCUCCAUACUUGAAAUCCACAAACCUGCCGUUCUUUGUUAAUGGAUAA